AUGGAAAUUAAACCAAAAUGGAUUUUCUGUUUGCUGCUUAGCACUAAUAUUAUAAUUAAUCUGGACUAAGGAAUCAUCCCUGCAGCAAUAUAAUAGAUAGAGGAUUCUCUUGAAUUAACUUCAGAAUAAUUAGGUUAUUUAGGAUCAUAAGUUUAUGCAGGUGUCACUUUAGUUUGCUUAUUUGGAGGGAAAUUGUUUCUGCAUUUCAAUUCAAAAAUGAUAGUCAUGAUUAGUUAUAUUGGAAUGAUAACUUCAUUGACCUUAUUUCCAUUAAAUUAUGGAUCAAGUUGGCCAUUUUACAUUUUCAGAUUCCUAACAGGAUGUUCAAAAGCACCUAUGAUGAUUUAUUUUCCUGUUUGGGUAGAUAAUUUUGGAGGAGAAUCAAAAACAAUUUGGAUUACAAUUCUACAAGGAGUAAUUCCACUUGGCAUAUUUGUGGGAUAUUCUUUAUCAAGUGUGAUUUCUAGCUUGUGGUAAUGGUAAGCCGCUUUCUACAUUUAAGUAAUCAUGUUAACUGUUUGUGCAACAUUUUUCAUAAUAUUUGUUAGGAAUACAGACUUUGAUAUAAAAAAAUGUACUAAAAGCAAAUUAGAAAGGAAAUCAAUCAAUGAAGAGCAAUAAUCAGCCUCGCUUCUUGCUUAAAAUACAAAGAGAUCUUAUUGCUCAACGAUGAUAGAACUAUAUUCCAUAAAGUUAUGGCUGUGUUGUACAAUUGUAAUCAGCAUACUGUAUUUUAUUGUAACUGGUAUUUAAUUUUGGAUGACAGACUACAUGAUCCAUGAGAUGCAUUAAGACAAAUAAACAGUGAACAUCGUAUUUGCCAUAGUAUCAAUAACUGCUCCUGUGUUUGGAUGUAUUACAGGAGGAUUAAUAGCGUAGAAAUUGGGAGGAUAUUAGAGAGCUAAAUCCUUAUACGUAUGUGUUUUAUAUUGUUCCCUUUGUUGCAUAAGUGCAGCACCAGUUCCUUUUACAGAGACAUUCUGGUUUGGAGCACUAUGUCUAUGGUUGUUGUUAUUCUUUGGUGGAGCAAUAGUGCCACCAUUGAUGGGAAUCAUGCUUUCUUCAGUUCCUAAACAUCUGAAGGCUUUUGCAAAUUCAAGCACAACGAUGUUUUAGAAUUUAUUCGGUUUCUUACCUGCACCAUCAAUUUAUGGGUUUCUGAUGGAAAGAUAUAAUUCUUAAGUUGCAGUAUUUGCAUUGAUGUAUUAUUCCUUUGUUGGAUUACUUGUUAUGUUGUUGGCUGUUUAUUUUAGGAGAUAGUAGAAUAACAAGAAGGUUGCAUUCGAAGAGGUAUUUGCUCAAUAAGAUGACUCAAAAUCAUCUGUUUUACAUGAUCAAGAAAACUUUAAUCUUACAGUUAGAGUACUCCAAUAUGGAGAUGCUCCAUUAGUCACCUCCCUUACUCCUCACAUUGACGAUUAAAUUCUAGAUUAUAAUGAUCAAGAAUUGGUAAAUUAAAAAGAAAUUUGA